AGUCUUUUAUUUCCAUAGCGUUUUGUAUGCCAGUAUUCUAUAUAAAGCAUUACAGAUGCGAUCCUUCCAAACUGAUGUCACCGAAAGAUUUGAAUCAGGAGAAAGAACAUUGACAGAGACAAGACAAAACAUGAACGAACGAUUUGACAGGAUUGAACAUAGCUUACAAGAAUUGCAUCCCCAAACAGAGUCAAUUGUAGAUCGCGUGAGCCAGCGUGUUGUGGAAACGCUAUUGCAAAAUGAACCAUUUAGAGCCAGAAUACAGCCUAACGAAGAAUUAUUGAAAUGCAUAACAUUUCAAGAACAUGAGACAAUUCCUAUUUGGACCCUUGGACACAACAGAAUGCAUAAGUGUGAAAGUUGUAACUGCAUGAGGCGAUGUUAUUGCAUUUGCCAUUCUCAAAACCAGUGGCGUAACUUUGAAAAACGGAAAAAUAAAGAAAGAAAAAUGCAUUCUGGCACAAGGAGAAGAAAGUAUUGUGAGAAAAGUAUAUAUAAAGAGUCGUCCAAUUUGCAAAACACCAAGGAAGAUAUACAGUUACUCGGGGCUACUGGGGGUGAUCCAGAUGAAAGUCCCAGUGAUGAUCCAUCUAGUGAUGAUGAUGACAGUAACGGUAACAAUAAGAGUGGCUAUGAGAAAAAGAAAAAAGACAAAAGAAGGAAAACAUGGAAGAUAGAUAAAGAUGCAUGGCUCAAGUGUAUCAAGGAAGGAGGCGAUUUUGAACAUCAGGCGGAAAGUUUAUUAAGUGAAAGAAAGCUGCCAGAUCAAAUUGCGCUAAACGCUAUGAGAUCAAAGUACGCACAUUUGUCUUCAGUUAUUUCUAAAGUUUGCGAUAAGGUUUGCGUUUAUAUCAAGGAGAAGUCAGAAGAAAUUGUACAUGUUUGGGCUGCUUCAAUUUAUUCAAAGGCUUCCUUGCCUAAUGAUAAUGACAUUGUUUUCGUUGUACUGACAACAGAUACAACAGUUCAAAUAAACGAAGACAAUUUUUUAAUAUAUCAAAGACAUUUCUUGCAAGUCGAUGAAACCGACCUGAACAAAGAAAUAGAAAUAAUGGAAUACAAUAAUCUGCCAACCUCUGAAGAAAUUGAUAAACUUGAGAAAUGUUUGAAAGAAAAUGCAAAAUCGUUGAUGAAUGACCAUAGCAACCUUACUAGGGUGACAGCAAGUUGGUUCAGAACAGAUAGUUUUAAUACAGAACACCUCUCAUUAAGAAAGGAAUUGUGUAUUGCACUCUAUGUCCACGUUAAAGGAUAUAUACCAGUGGGUGAGAAACACUUUCCUACCAAAAUUGGAGGGUUUCCAGUGGUUGUCCGAGAGGGCAUUUUUACACUUUGUAAGGGUUCAAAUGAGUAUCAUGAGAAUGUGAAGAUGGGUUGUGCAAUCGGUGCAGAAAUGUUUGGUACUCUUGGGGCAUUCAUAGAAUUUGAAAAUGAUAAUGAUUUAUAUGGGCUCACAUGUGCACAUGUUGUAUUUGGUCAUGAAAAACUCAAGACUAUACUGCAAAAAGGAGAAUGUGUAUUUGACGAUGGUAUAGUUGUUUGUCAACCUGCCGAUUAUACAAAUUAUAAACCUCUUGGCAAAACAGUGGCGGCUGUUUAUAAAAGUGGAGGAAAUGGGAUAUCAGGAAUGGAGUUUGCAUUAAUAAAAAUUUAUCAGAACAGAUGGCCUACUGAAGGCACAUUCCCCGAUGACUCUGACUAUUUGUCAGCAGGAUUUGGACCAGACACGCCUUUUGUAUUUACAUCCGGAAAUACUUUAAACACAAGACGUAUCCCGUCUGCCUUAGUGUAUAAAUACGGUUGUGAAAGCAAACUCACACAAGGGGUGUGUCGACUCAAUGGUUCAUCGGUUCGAACAUUGAAAUUUCAAGAGAACAUUCUGGAUACUGAAUUGGUUUUGCACGAUCAGAUCGAAAUAAUGAAUGUACAAACACCAUUUGCUUUAAAUGGGGAUUCAGGUGCACUUGUUUUUACAAAAGAUGAAAACAACGGGCUUACUGCGUUUGGAAUGUUUGAAGGGAAAUUCCAAGGUACGAAUACAUAUGUAUGUACGCCAAUCAACAAUGUCCUUAACGAAAUAAGCCGGAUUCGUAACAGACAGUGCAAAUUUAAAAGAUUUCUACCAUCUGAUUUGCGAAUGAAGGAUCCGGGUGAUACAGUAAUGUCACUUUUCUUGUCGCAACUGCAUGAACGAUUAGAAUCUCUUGAUCAAGGUUUUGCUCAAGAUUUAGCAAACCAUAAACUAGAAAUAUCAAAUGAACUUAGUGAACAUUUAAAAAGGACUCUUGAAAUCAGUGAUCAACAGAAGAUUCAAAGAGAAGAACUUAAGAAUCAAAAUGAAGAAAUGAAAAAGCAAGGUGACGAGCACAUAAAACAGAGCCUUGAAAUUAAGGAACGUCAAGAAAGACAAGAAAAGAAAAGCGAAGAACUUAAAGAGGAACUAAGGAGGCAAGGUGAAGUGCAUGUAAAACAAAGCCAGGAAAUAAAAGACCGACAGGAAAAGCAAGGCAGAGAACUAAAGAAACAAAGAGAAGUACUUAAGAAUCAGAAUGAAGAAUUGAAAAAGCAAGGUGACGAGCACUUACAACAGAGCCAGGAAAUUAAGAAACGUCAAGAAAAACAAGAAAAGCAAAGCGAAGAACUAAAAGAGGAACUAAGAAGGCAAGGUGAUGAGCAUAUAAAACAAAGCCAGGAAAUAAAAGAACGACAGGAAAGGCAAGGCAGAGAACUUAAAAAACAAAGAGAAGUACUUAAGAAUCAGAAUGAAGAAUUGAAAAAGCUAGGUGACGAGCACAUGAAACAGAGUCAGGAGAUAAAAGAAGGUCAAGAAAGACAAAGCAAAGAACUGAAAGAUCAAAUGGCACAAAUUUUGAUGUUAUUAACUCACCAAAAAUCGUAAUACAGUGUAAUGCACUUUUAAUAAAUAGUUUCAAUACAAAUUUUCGAUAAGUUUGAAUUAAAAAGGAUAAUAUACGUAAAAGUUGUUCAGUAAUGUGUUAUAUGAAAUCAGUAAUGUGGUCUAUGAAUAGACUUUAUUUAAAGAGUAAAACGCCAAGUUACAACUCAAUAGUUUAAAAAACCUCAUCAUGGCUACAAUCAUUCAGCUUUUACCUUUAUAGACAAAUACGUUGUGCACUAUGUUAAUUAUUAUAACAAGUAUUUUAUGAAAAACAAGUUUAAAAUUUAUGAAAAUUUAUUCUUGUGCGGUUCUUGUCUUGUUCUUAAUUUUUUGGGUCAUUUGCGCUAUAAAGAUAUUAUUUAGGAAAAACGAAGUAAGCAAAUGAUAUAAAAUUUUGCAAAUACAAGUAAGUUAUUAUCAAAUUGAACGGCUACCUUGGAAAAAAAUAUUUACAGCUUCUCCGCGGCAAUAGAAAACCAUCAGUGGAGUCCCUUUUAUUCAGUGGAUGUUAAUUGCCUUAUUUAUUCGGAAUAUUUUCAAAGUCAUCAAUGAAAUGGAUGAUUUAUUUAUGGUAAUGCUUGGCGAUCUCAAUCUUUAAGGUGAAAUAUACUUUAAAAUUAUUUAAAUAUAUAUUAUAUAUUAUACAUGUACAUUGUUUAACUUUAAACUGAAUCACAAUUUUAACCCUUAUUGACUACCCGAUGAUAAAUCUGAGUUACACGUGAGGGAGCUUGCUGAUAUUCAGAAGGUGCACGAAAGUGCAAAACGACCAAGUGUUUCAAGAACGCACCAAUUUGUAAACAGUCUCUUAAUUCUGCAUAUUUUUAACCACAUAGCAAAAAUGUCCACAUGAAAACAAUUAUUAUUUAUAUACCAGACUGGCCCGAAUAAAUAAUUAAUUAUACCAAAAAGUUUUUUUCCGCUGCCAUUUUUUGUAGAAGCCUCGUUAAUUGUUGUUGUUGUUGUUGUUGUUAUUGUUAUUGUUCUUGUUGUUGUUUUACUCAUUAUUAUAAAAUCUUUGUGCAAACAAUUGGGAAUGUAAACAUAAAUUGCACUGUGAAUAAAAAUCCAUCCCUUUUAAAAAGUGUAUUUCUACGGAAUAAGAAGGUAUGUACUUACAUUCCAGGGAACA